AUGCAUGGAGGGAUUUUGCCAAGAUUGAAUAUGCUCAGUGAUCUUACAAAGGGUGAUGUAGAUGUGUUUGAGUAUAAUGAAGCUCGACAAAGUUCCGUUUGGUUUGGACCACAAGAGGUUUAUUCGACUUGUGAGAAGCUCAUUGUGCGAGCUCAUCAGGCUUUUAAUCGCGGUUUUGGCUUUUUUGCGGGAAAGAGGAUGGUUACUUUGUUUGGGGCGACGGACUAUGUUGUGAAGGGAAGUUUUGCCGGUAUUCUUCAUUUACAAUUGGGCAAUGUUCAAGACAAGAAAGGCAAACCACUAAAAAUAGGCCAGUAUUCUUUUCCGCGGCGCAGGUGA